UCUGUUGUGUUGAAUUGAACAAUUAUUAUCACAAAGUUCCAUUUUUUGACUAAAAAUUCCAUUAAUAUUCCCGUUUUGUCUGUAAUGAACCCAACCCACUUCUAAAUCUGUCUCCCUCCCUCUCUCUCUGUAUUUUCUCGGUCUAGAUUUGUUGAAUUUUGUUUUGGAAAGGGGCGUUACUCUCAGAGCGCUCCACCAAUAGCAAGAUCACCCCUUAUCCUUGAUAUUCAGUUUUCAGGUUAUUCAAUUUUAUUCAGUGCCGAACCUUUACAACCUAAACACAAGCUUAAUAUCAUCUUGUUGUAUUUUACUUGUGCAAAAUGCAUGGUGCAAAGAAAUCUCCCUUGCACGGUUUGUCUAAACACACCUCAGCUGAUACCAGGCGCCCCGUCAAUAUGCCUUCUAGUAAUCCUUUUGACUCUGAUGAUGAAUUGGAUAACAAGCAAACCCCCAAACUAUCUGGAAGAACAUCUUCUGAACCUUCUUCUCUCUUUGCAUCAAAUUUAAGCACGAAUCCUUUUGAUGAUGAAGAGGGAAAUGGUAGCUCCUCAUCUCAAAGAAGAUACAAGAACGGUUUCCACGACUCUGGCGGACUAGAGAACCAGUCCGUGCAGGAACUAGAGAAUUAUGCUGCAUAUAGAGCUGAAGAGACUACGAAGGCUGUGAACAAUUGCCUCAAGAUUGCAGAUGACAUUAGAGAAACUGCUACUGAAACUUUGGUUAAUUUGCAUCAGCAGGGAGAACAAAUUGCAAGAACUCACAUGGUUGCAGCUGACAUGGACCAUGACCUUAGUAGGGGUGAGAAGCUUUUGGGAAGUCUUGGGGGCAUAUUCUCCAAGACAUGGAAGCCUAAGAGGACGCGCCCAAUAACAGGCCCUGUAAUCACCCGAGAUGAUCCCGUUCAAAGAAAUGGUAAUCACUUGGAGCAGAGGGAAAGACUGGGUUUGACUUCCGCCUCGAAGGAACAUACAAGAACACGGACGCCACCCCCUGAACCUGCAAGUGCUAUGCAGAAAGUAGAGGUGGAGAAGGUGAAACAAGAUGAUGCCUUCUCGGAUUUAAGUAAUAUUUUGGGAGAGCUAAAGGAAAUGGCUAUGGACAUGGGAUCUGAAAUAGAUAGGUUAGUCAUUCUAUGUUGUACUAGUACCUAUCUUUGGUGGUCGAAGUCGAGUGAACUACAUAGAAUACUAAUUGUUUAUUUCCGAGAUGCAGGCAGAACAAAGCUAUGGAUCAUGUUCAGGAUGACGUGGAAGAGUUAAAUUUCCGAGUGAAAGGUGCCAAUCAGCGCACACGUAAUUUGCUUAGAAAAUAGAGGGGUGUCUCAGUAUUGUUUGGACAUCUACUUGUGCCGUGCCACCAUCCAUCUCGUAAAAUGUAAAUUGCAUGCUACGGGAUGCACUCAUUUCACUAUCUGGUAUGAAUUUCUACCAAAACAGAUUUUUUAUGCUGGCAGGGGCUGUUCAUUUCACCGAGCUAAUAGCAAUUACCAAAUGCGCGUGAUGAUAUUGCAUA